AUGGCAUACGUUUUCGACAACGAUGUAAAUAUUUUGAAAACAAUACGAAAUCAUCAAGUGCCCGAAAGUCUAUGUAAAUUAUACUUGAAUGAUGAUAUGUCGGAUGUUUUCUUCACAUUUCCAAAUACCGGUGAUGAUGAGACGAUCCAACGUUUAACGGCACAUCGUUUGGUUUUGGCCGCAGCGAGUCCAGUAUUUCAUCAAAUGUUCUACGGUGAUCUGCCAGAAGGUGAAGACGUUAUUAUAUCGGAUUGUUCAUUUGAUGCAUUCACCGAAUUCCUACAAUAUUUCUAUUUGAAUGAAGUGACACUGACCAGUGACAAUGUAUUCGAAGUCAUUCAAAUGGCACACAAAUAUGAUUUGGAGGAUUGUGUUAGGAUUUGCAUCGAUUUUUUGACCGAGUACAUGAGCUUUGAAACGGUUUACCUAACACUUCACAUUGCAGCAUUGUACGAAAUUACGGAGCUGAUCAACAUUUGUGAACGAAUGAUAUGUGAUGACGCCAAAUCGGCCUUUGCAGCUGAAGCAUUUCCCUAUUGCAGCUACAUGGUGCUCAAGAGAAUUCUUUCGAUGCCAGGCAUUGAUUGUAGUGAAGCGGAUUUACUGGAUGCGGCCAUGCUUUGGGCAAAACAAGCCUGCUUCACUGAAUCAGAUGAAACCCCGACCAUUGAACGGUGCAAAGCAAAACUUGGCGACUGUUUCAAUUUAAUUCGGUUCGACACGAUGACAUCGGCUGAGUUUUCCACUUGUUUGUUUCGAUAUCCAGGCAUGUUUAAAACACAGGAUCUUGAGCAUCGAAUCAUUUCCAUAACAACAAAUGGAAUUUUAAACAAUUCAACGCUACGCACAAAACACCAUUUCAAUGAUGAGGGUUUCAUUGUUUGUUCGCGAGUUGCAGCGCGUCGCAGUUUCAUACACGUUCUCAAUGUGAAGCAAGUGGUAAGAUUUUCGGUGAGUUCAAAUAUUAUUCUGCAUGGAAUUCAAAUCGCAAAACCAACACAUGUACCAGACUUUCCAUAUAGAAAUCGUGUUCCGAGGAUGGGCCAUUUGUUACGCGUUGGCCGAGAAAAUAUGAUUCAGAAUUCGCGCGCACAAGCCCUUGAAAUUGAUUUGAACCAAGAGAAUCGAAUUAUGUUUCGACAACCGAUUCCCAUCGAUGCUGGCCAAAUCUAUAAGAUUAUACUUAAAUUCAAUUGGCCAAAUCUUGUGCAUUUUUCAGCGAUUGAACUCAAAGAAGAUCCCAUCAAUAUUGGACGUUCCAUUCAAUUCACCUUCAAACAGGACGAGAAGUGUGAUUACGACAAUGUAACAAGAGGUCUGAUCACAGAUCUAUGGUUCAAAACUCCGACGUCAACAACAUAA